AACACCCUGUCAGAACUUAGACGUUACGAGAAAGGAACUCACAGUCACUGCUAAGUGCCAGCCGAAGGCAGUCGAACAGAAUCCAUAUUCCGAUCGGUAUCCCCUUCAGACUCAGUUCCUUCAAGAAUUUUCAAGCUGGAUUCAGAGGCGGCGGAGCCAAGCCAAUCAAAUAAAAUGAAGAAAGAAGAUAUGGUGAAGCUGAUCAGCGCCGACGGCUUCGAAUUCGUCAUCGAUGAGAAAGCUGCCAUGGUCUCUCAGACCAUCCGCAACAUGCUCACUUCUCCAGGGAGUUUUACGGAGACGCAGCAAAGGCAAGUGACGUUUCCGGAUAUAAGCACCACUAUUCUGGAGAAAAUUUGUCAGUAUUUUUACUGGUCUCUUCAAUAUGCCAGUGGUAAGGAGACUGAGUUCCACAUCGAACCUGAGCUGACUUUGGAACUGAUGAUGGCUGCCAAUUAUUUGCACACCUGAGAAUCUUGAUGCUGCGAAGCGACCUUUUCUAAGCUCUGGAUGGCCAGAGGAUGAUGUCGUUGCCCAAGUUCUUUAGUGUUGUAUUGACAUUCAAAUUGCUGUGAAGUUAGUUUGAGUUAGGAGCUGACUAUAUAAUUGUAAUGCAAACUCUUGGAGGGUCUAUAUUCUGUCUAUAGAACUGUUGGAAGCUGCAUUGGUCUUCUUGUCAGUAAGCAAACUUGAUAUGCGAUCCUUGUAGCAUGGUGUUUACUUAAUAAUAUACCUCCUGCAUGUGCUUAGGUGGUUUAUAUUUCUGAUAUAACCACCUAAUUGCUGGGAACUACCAGUGAA